AUGCGCCUCAACCCCGAGAAAUGUGCCUUCGCCGUCCAAGGGGGUAAGUUCUUAGGCUUCAUGCUGACGUGCAGGGGAAUAGAGGCAAACCCAGACAAAUGCCGAGCAGUGCUAGACAUGGCCAGCCCCAAAACAGUAAAAGAAGUCCAGCGCCUCACAGGACGCCUUGCCGCACUUUCCAGAUUUGUUCCCUGUUUAGCUUCAACUUCUGUUCCUUUUUUCCAAACAAUAAAAAAGAAAAGUAAAUUCGAGUGGAACGACGAUUGUGAGAGGGCCUUUUCAAAAUUAAAAACAACACUCUCACAACCGCCGAUCCUACAAAAACCCCUACAAGGGGAGGAUUUAUUUCUAUAUUUAUCGGUAACUGAUUGGGCAAUAAGCUCAGCCCUUGUUACAGAAAGAAGCAAAGUUCAGCAUCCAGUGUACUUUGUUAGCAAAACUCUACAGCAUGCCGAACUUAACUAUCCAAGGAUUGAAAAGCUCGCGUUAGCACUCAUAUUCUCGGCGCGACGUUUCCGACCUUAUUUCCAGAGUCACGUUAUCCAUGUCAGAACAGAUCACCCACUAAGACAAGUGCUGUACAAACCAGAAGUUGCAGGACGACUAAUUAAAUGGGCAGUCGAACUGUCUGAAUUCGACAUCAGAUACCAAUCCAGAGGACCAAUCAAGUCACAAUUCCUGGCAGAUUUUAUUGCCGAACUUACCAUACCAUCUGAAGAAGAUCAUGCAAAACAAUGGAUUUUAUUUGUCGACGGCUCCUCAAAUCAAGAAGGCUGUGGUGCAGGAAUUCGUCUUGAAGCCGACGACGGAUUCAUCUUGGAACACUCAAUACACUUAGCCUUCAAAGCAAGCAACAACCAGUCCGAGUAUGAAGCACUACUCGCCAGACUCAGACUUUGCUCAGAUCUUCAAAUAUCGACGAUCAAGGUAUAUUGUGACUCUUUGUUAGUCGUACAGCAGGUAAAUGACCUCUUCCAGGUAAAAGACCCUCUACUUUCUAAAUACCUGCUACUAGUAAAGAAACUUUCAAAGAAAUUUAUCAAAUUUGAAAUAGAACAUAUUCCUCGAGAACAAAACCAGAGAGCAGAUCUCUUAUCUAAGCUCGGCAGUACUCAGUCUACUCUAACCACACUACACCAGUUCACAAUAACAUCACCCACUGUUACUCUGAUAAACGCAUUAAGUGUUUCACAGGAAACAGAUUGGAGGAUGAACUUUAUACACUAUUUAGAAACAGGUGUUGUGCCAGAAGGGGUCGAAAACAGUAAAAAAUUUCGGCGGCAAGCAUCCUUCUUCACAAUCCUAAAUGGAGAACUAUAUCGACGAGGUUAUACCCGGCCACUACUCAUAUGUCUCAACAAGUCCGAAGCAGAAACAGCUUUAGCCGAGGCACACGAGGGAGUCUGCGGGACACACACAGGAGCUCGGAGCCUAGCAUCAAAGGUCCUCCGGGCUGGGUUUUUCUGGCCGACUUUAACACACGACAGCAAACAGAAAAUCAGGACAUGCAACAAUUGCCAAAGACAUGCACCCCUGAUACACAUACCUGCCGAACAGUUACAUCACGCAGACAUCAGUUGGCCAUUCAACCAAUGGGGUCUAGAUAUACUCGGGCCGUUCCCUACGGCACCGGGCCAGGUAAAAUAUCUUAUUGUCGGAAUUGAUUAUUUCUCCAAAUGGGUGGAGGCCCAACCUUUAGCAAGAAUAACAUCACAACAAACAAUCACAUUUGUUUGGAAGCACAUUAUUUGCCGUUUCGGCAUACCUCAGCAUAUUACAACUGACAAUGGUCGCCAGUUUGCCGAUCAAAAAUUUCAAGCUUUUUUGCAGAAUCUAAAAAUAAAACAACACUUCGCCUCUGUGGAACAUCCCCAAACGAACGGCCAAGCUGAAGCCGCAAACAAAGUCAUCUUACAUGCACUAAAGAAGAAACUAGACGAGGCCAAAGGACUCUGGGCCGAAUUAAUACCUGAAGUACUUUGGGGAUACAACACCACCCCACAAACAUCAACAAAGGAGACACCAUUCAGAUUGGUAUAUGGCUCAGAGGCCAUGAUACCCCUGGAGAUCUCCCAGAACUCUAUCCGAACUUACAUAAAAAAUCAGGACGAGACUCGGAAAUCCGAGCUCGACGUGAUCGAAGAAAUAAGAGACAUAGCCACAUUGAGGCAACGCGCAGCGCAGCAAGCCAUAGCUCGACAAUACAACAAAGCGGUGAGAAACAGAAACUUCGUCACAGGAGAUCUAGUUCUCCGCAAAACCGAAACUGCUCGGAAACCACCAACACAUGGAAAGCUCGCAGCUAAUUGGGAUGGUCCAUACCGAGUAUCCCAAGCACUCGGCCAAGGAGCAUACAAAUUAGAAACACUAGAUGGUAACUUCUUACCUAGUACAUGGAAUGUAUCCUCCUUAAAGAAAUUUUAUAGUUAA